UUUUUGCUGAAAGGAUUUAGUAUAGAACAACGAUAAAGUUCGCAACUUUUGGUCUCUGAUAAAAAAAAACUUGCCCCUACCGGAAGUAGCGUGAUGACGUUGUCAGUUGUUCACUCCCUCAUAUUUUCCUAUUGUUUUCAACGCAGCUAGAGCUAUUCGGACCAUUACCCCAUUAAUUUGAGCGAGGAUGAAAGAUUCGUGGACGAGGAACGUUAGAGUGACGGACUAGAAUGCAGUGAAAUACAUACUUUUUUUCGCUCUGACCGUAACUUAGGUACAAGCUGGCUCAUUGGAUUCCACACUCUCUCCUUUUUCUAUUGUGGAUCACGGAUUUGUAUUUUAAACCACCUCGGAUACUAUAUCCUCUUGAAAAUGAGAGUCGAGAACCCGAAAUGGACAUUCACAGUGACUUUUAUCUCCACGACAAUACAUCGACGAAGCUCAUUAGCAUGAGCUAACGUGAUAGCAUCUUUCUCAAAUGCAGAUAGAAACCAAAUAAAUAAAUCCAUGACUGGAAGGAUAGACAGAAGAUCAACAAUACUAUUAAACCAUGUACAUGUAACUACACGGUUAAUAGAUCUCAGCCCGGCAAAGCUUAACAAUGCUGUUGCUAACGACGCUAAGGCUGACUUAGCAACUUAGCAACCGGAACUCACAGAGCUAUGAUAAAAACAUUAGCGCUCCACCUACGCCAGCCAGCCCUCAUCUGCCCAGCUCAUCAACACCCGUGCGCACCUGCGUUCCAGCGAUCGACGGCGCGACGAAGGACUUCACCCGAUCAUUCGUGCGGUGGCCAGUUAGCAUCGGCUAGCGCGUCUGCUAUCCAACAGGCUCCUGUCCAACAGUCCAAUGAUGAUGUCUGUGCUGUGGUAUUUUGCAGCGGGGCUGGCGUUUUGCACCAAAAACCCAGCUUGGGCUUUUGCCUUCAUCUCCACCGAGGAGGACUAUUACGCAGUCCAAGAAUCAAACGUCACAAUUUCCUGCAAAUUCAUACAAGACAUCCAUGACGUCCAUGACAUCUCAAACAAAAUUAUAAUUAGGUGGUAUUUUAAGUCUCCAGAAGAAAAGCAGACAGAGAUUUUAAUGUAUCAUGGAGGCCAACUUGAUAUUGACCCAAACUACAGCAGGGUUCACUUCACAACUCCUGAACCCGGCCAUGGAGAUGCUUCCAUAGAGAUUAGUGACCUGCGUAUGUCAGACGAGGGGAUCUACCAGUGCAGCGUAUGGUGCAAGCAUAAAGGGAAUUCUGGUGGCGUAACCCUGAUCCAACACAUGAACCUGAAAGUCAUGGAGAAGCUGAGCGCCCCGGUUUGUGCCAUGGAAGGCGAUCCUGUGUGGGGCAAUGACGUGACGUUCCAAUGCGAAUCCUCACAAGGCACCCCCCCGCUGAAUUACAGCUGGGAAAAGAUGAGUGAAAACCAGAUGUUGGCUCCUAACGCCAGUGGGGACGCCAUAGGAGGGAACUUGACUUUAAAAAGGCUCUCCGAGGACAACUGUGGAAGCUAUCGCUGUACGGUGGAAAAUCUGCUUGAGACCCAACUCUGUGAGAUCCUACUACCGUGUCUAAAUGACCCAGUGGUGGCGAGAAGAAACAAAAUAAAAGUUAUCACUGCAGUGGCAAUGUCAAUCGUUAUCCUUUUGGUGGUCAUUGUUGUCGGUUUUUGGAGCUUGAGGAGAAUUAAUCAAGAGCAAGUGUCCAAUUAAAUAGUGGCGACACAUCAUCCAAGUGGUUUUCCACUGAGAAAACCUUCCGACAAACAUUUUUUUGACACUCAACUGUGGUAACAUUUGUCAUGCGACGUAAUUUGAGGACACAUUUAAAGGUUAUGUACCCAUGAAGCACACAGAUUGGUCCAAGAUGUCCCUUGAAGAAAAUAAGUUAUGUAUAUUAAAAUCACAUAAACUAACCUCUCCACCGCAACAACCAAGACGAAAGAGCUGUCAUAGGACCAUUGUGGACCUGCACAAGACUACUUUAGUCUACAAGAAGCUUUUUGAGAAGAGAUCGCUAUUGGCGUAAUAAUUCAUAAAUGGAACACAUACAAAAUAAGACAAAAUCUUCACUCAUGGACUGAUUUUGAGAUAGGUGAUGUAGCAGAGCCUAUUUUCAAGCGGUGCAGAUAACUGACAAUAUGACCUGGUCCCUACACACCGGAGCUCUUGUAAAAAAGAACUCAGCAGCGCAUGCACGAGCACAGCUCCCUCCCCCCUGUUCUCACCACAUUCUACAGAGGCACUAUAGAGAGCCUACUGACCAACUGCAUCUCUGUUUGGACUGAGCCUGCAGGGCCUCAGACUGGAAGUCUCUCCAGAGGUGAGGACUGCGGAAAAGAUCAUCAGGACUCUUCUUCCUCCUAUCCAGGAGAUCGCAAAAAGCCGCUACCUGACCAGGGCUCAGAAAAUCUGCAGAGACUCUCCAGAGUAGUCAUCACUUUGUACAUCAUCUUUUUUGUCACAAGGGUAACUGUAAGCUCCAAACGUAAGAUUAUGACCUAUGCAUCUCUUAUACAUCAUCUUUUGUAAAGGGAACCUUUAAACUUCAAACGUAAAAUUAUGACAUAUGCAUCGUGUUUCCCUUGUGGGAUGUGUUAUUGACACUGAAUGGGUUUGCUGCUGCCCAUGUCAGGGAAUCCAACUGAGUCUUCUUGUGCCGGUAAGUAGAUAUAUAUUUUUUUUCACUUCCUCCAGGUUUGCAAAGGUUUUUUGGAGGGAUUGUGAUUAAAUAACAUGCUCUCAGUGUCAUGUCUGUGUUGAUCUUGUUUUUGUUUUGCUUGGUUUUUGGACACUUUUUAGUUCCUGGUUUCACUUCCUGGUUUUGUUUUGUUUCCAUGGUUACUCAUUAGUUUCACCUGUUCCACAUUUGGACUCACACACACCUGUCUCACGUUUUCACAUUGUCAUGUCACGCACCUGUUCACAGUUAGUCACGCACCUGUUUUCACUUAUCAUGUCACUAUAUAGUUUUUUCUGUUUCUGUUGUUCGUCCUGGCGACAUCACACAUUCAUGCCAUGUUCACAGUUCCUUGUCACGUAAGUUUUUGUUUGUUUCAUGGUCAUAGUUUUUUUUUUGCUCAAGUGCUAGUUUUUUUGUUUCAUUAGUCAAGUUUGUUCUCCGCCUUUGUGCGCGCCUUUUGUUUGUACCCUUUUGUUUGUACUUUGUAGUUUAUAGU